CGUUUCACUUGGAUGCAUGUCACAAUACGGAAGAAAAUAUCUGUCACCUCUUCCAUUUCAUUGCAACUUUAGGACAUCAGACCAAUGCGGGACCAGAUCGUUCGUGUGAAGCGCUUUGAGAAGGUGCCUCUGAUCUUGGUGGGGAAUAAGGUGGACCUGGAGUCCGAGCGGGAGGUGGCGGGCUCUGACGGACGAGCGCUCGCACAAGAGUGGGGCUGCCCCUUCAUAGAGACCUCGGCCAAGAGCAAGAGCAUGGUCGAUGAGCUGUUCGCUGAGAUUGUGAGGCAGAUGAACUACACCACUUUGCCCGAGAAGCAAGAGCAGUGCUGCACCGCAUGCGUUGUGCAGUGACCGUCCUGGCCUUACUUGCAGUCCAGGUAUGAGAGUGCAAGUCCGUGUGUAAAA